UCGAACCUAAUUUACGGUUACACCGUUGUCCUCUACCCAAAUGUGUCCCCCUGCGUGCAUCUCUCACAACUGUGGGCUUGCUUAUGAGAGAGAAGGUUAUGGAAGACUAAUGUUACAACGUCAGAGACAUUUUCACAGAAUAAACAAAAAGGAUGGCGUCCCCUUCCCCUCAUGACCGCAGCCGGAAAGACGAUGAGGAUGACCCUGUAGAACAGAUGAUAUCCCGCACUGGCUGUGCCGAGCUACAUUAUGCUGUGCAAGAGUGCAUGGCUGAAAAGCAGGACUGGAGAGUCUGCCAGGACCAAGUCAAGACUUUCAUAGACUGUAUGACCAGUUUCCAAAAAGCCCGGAAACAGCAGCUGCUGAGGCAGCAGUCAGUGUCCCCAGAUUCUGCACCCAGCUGAACUACAAACACAGUUGCUAGGGUUUGUUCGGGAAUCAGGAAUCUUUUUUUUUAUUAUUAAUGAUGGAGAAAACAUCAAGACAUUAUACUAAAUACUUGCUCUGGACAUGGCAGAGAAUCAAAUAUGUUAUUAUAGGGCAAAUUAUUUAACACCGGACAAAUAGGGCACAGAUUUUUAUUUUAUUUUGGACUGUGUCAAACUUUUGUGUGUCCAUGGUUUCUCAGAAUAAAAUGCUUUACGAUAGAAGAA